GAAGAUGAAGAAGAAGGGUGGAGAGGGCUAACGACGAGACGAAGUAGCCCGCCAGAAAUAGCUAAUAUGACAUUCACUCUGAGACGGGCGGCCAGCCGGCCCGGACGAACGCGCUGUCACAGCGCUGAAUUUGACGAUAGAAACGUGCGAACACACGGGGCCCCCCUAGAGAGGGCCCCCGACCCGAAGAGGCCGCCGUAAGGCGGUCAAUCGCUCUCAGGCAUGGAGCAGUUCGAGCAACUGCUAACGUGCGCGAUAUGCCUGGACCGCUACAGGAACCCAAAACUUUUACCAUGCCAGCACAGCUUUUGCAUGGAGCCGUGCAUGGAUGGCCUCGUCGAUUAUGUUCGUCGACAGGUCAAAUGUCCGGAAUGUCGUGCAGAACAUCGUAUACCUUACCAGGGUGUUCAAGCCUUCCCUACCAACGUGACGUUACAACGAUUUUUGGAGUUACACAUAGAGAUCACAGGGGAAUUGCCAGAUCCAACCAGUGGUCAGACGAUGGAACGUUGUGGUGUCUGCUCCGAAAAGAGCUACUGUUCCCUCUGCGUUCAUUGUGAGAAGAAAUGUUGUCCUGAAUGCAAGGACGCCCAUAUGGACAUCCUCAGACGUGAAAUAACGCGUAUCAACUCGCAGGUUCGGAGAGGUCUCCACAGGCUACAAGAUGCCCUGGCAUUGGUCGAAAAAAAUACAUUGGGUCUGCAAACUAAUUGUGCUGCAGUUGCCGAAGAAGUAGACGAGAUUUAUAGAAGAUUGAGCAAAGCUUUAAAAGACCGAACGGAAUAUCUACGCAACGAGGUCGACCGGUACUUAGGUACCGAGCUACGUGGUCUGAUACAACUCAAAGAGAAUCUCGAAUUGGAAAUCGCAAACAUUCAAAGUAACUGCGAUUUGGCAGAGGCUCACAUCAAUGAGAACGUUCCUUGGGACGACUCGGAGCUUCUUGAUACGAAAGAACUCUUUCUACGUACGGUGGAAUUCAUCAGAAAUUUCGAGUACGAAGCUGGGGAUUACAGUAGAAGAGUGCGUUUCAUGAUGGCCCAUGAUCCAAAUCAAUUAGUUCUUCACGUGGCUGGUUAUGGAGAACUCAACAUCAAACCGGAAAGCGGAAGCGGAGGAUUGUUAGGUAGUUCGAGCAGUUUAGCACCCCCAGGUGGUUCUCCGGGACUUAUGAGGAGCAAGAGCGAUCAUCGUCUUGCUUCGCAGUAUCGACAGCAAGAAGAGGAACGACUAGCCAGGAAUCGAUACGUUCCUGAAUACGAAUACGAUGCACCUGAAUACGAUGCGCCGAGGAAUAAGUCGCGUUAUAGAAGCCGCUUUAUGAGGCAUCGCGAUGGCGACGAUUCCGAUGGCGAUUCGAGAUCAACGGUGAGAUUCACGUCGACGCCACAAGAAUCUGGAUUACGAGAGCGAGUAUUGGACACGGAAGAUGCAGCGAGAGGACCGUUGUCCGGUAUUUUCCGCUUGACGGAUUCACCACGCGUUAUGAAGAAACUUCAAGAGUGCGAAAGGGCUGGCAAGAGAAAGAAGGAAGAAUCCGCUCAACCUACGCAACCGCAAACACCGAAACCUCAGGUACAAGUUAGAAUAGCACCGACGGCAAUGGCGAGACAAGUCAGCGAGGACGACGAAAUUUCCAGGAUCAAAAAGCAGAACAAGAACGCGGCACAGCCAACGGUGGAAACGGUGGAGGAACGACAGCCGCAACCACCUACGGCAGCGGCUCAUCCACAAGCGAGAGAACCACCGACGGAGCGUGAAGCGGAGGAAGCUGCGGUCAGAAGACCACCCACGAUCGCGAGGAGAACUUCAAGUGACACCCACGCUCCCGCAACCAGAAGCGCUUCCACGGACUCUAGCACAGGCUCUGAGAGUUCAACGGGAUCGGGAAUUCGUAGCACGGGCGCCCCAUUCACCGCCGAGGAAAUGAAACAAAAAUACCUGUCGAGAGCACCGCCAACGAAUACGACCACAAGCACGGUCACUGCCAGCUCCGGCAGAGAUUCCACGGCGAGCAGUGUUCCUGCUUCGAGGCCCUUCCAAAGCCGAUUCUUAGGCACAGGUAAUCGCGCGGCACCCCCACCACCAGCGACGACACAGUCAAGCAGAGAGGAAACAACAACGAAGAAAAAAGAGGACGAAGAGGAGGAGGAUGAGGAAGAGACGAGCAGUUCCUCCGAGGAAACAGAAUCCGAGACUGAAGAGGAGUCGGAAACUGACACUCACACGACGCCAACUACGUCGAGCAUCCCAACGUCGACUCCUCAGGAUCGUCAAAGAAACGACGCUGCUAUGGCACGAACCGACAUAGGUGCGUUGUUAGCUCGAAGUGCCGAGGCCCGACGUGGAAGCAAGGAGGAUUCACCCUCGACCAGGUAUUCGACGCCGAGGGGAAGUCCCGCGCAUAUCGUGACGAGCCCGACGAGCCCACUGACGAUGACGACGACGAGCGGCUCGACGAUGACCGGAAGUGGUGCCGGAAGUGGUGUUCCGAUAUCCUCUACUGGUGGCUACUCCUCCAGCAGGUUCUUGAACAAGAGCAGAAGCCAAGCGGCAAUGGCGUCGAGGGAACGGGAGAGAGAACGGGAGAGAGAGAGGGAGAGGGAACACGAGAGGGAACGCGAGAGGGAACGCGAGAGAGAACGGGAAAGAGAACGAGAGCGAGAAAGAGAGCGCGAGAGAGAGCGAGAACGGGAACGGGAGAAGGAGAGAGAAAGAGAAAGGGAACGAGAACGGGAGAGAGAGAGAGAGAACGCCGUUUCUGGGAUAGGAGAGACAGAGACAACGACAACGACAACCGAACCCUCGACUCUGCUUCCCCGUUCGCGAUACGCCGCCCUGAAGGAGAGACGACAACGAUUGGCUCGUUCGAGAAGCUCGCACAAUUUCGGGGGCGACGAGGUCGAUCUAGACGAGGAGCCACCGUCGCCAACCACCCAAUCACCGAACGCUUAUCUCGCGGCAAAAUACGGCGCCGGUUCUGAACUAGCGCGUAGCCGUAGUACUCACGCUUUAAAGUCGAGGGAACCGAGUCCGGAACGGGACCGAUCCGGUGCCGAAAAGGAUGGCGCCGCCCUUAGUUCCUGGGCAAGAUAUCUCAAGAACAAAUACGGCAAUCGUAGCACCAAGGACAAGGAGCCGCCUUCCACGACCACCUCGAUUCCCUCAUCCAGCGCCAGCGCAACCUCCAGAAGGUUAUCGCUCGGUCUACCUCUUAGGCACACCGGUCAAACGUCCUUCGAAUCUUCUGACGACGAUCAAAAAAACCCGUCAGGCUCCCCCACGUCCCCUACAGCAGCUCCCGUUAUACCCGCGGCAGCAGGUUCCUCCACUAGGAGUAAUUAUCUGCUAAAGCGGCGACAGCUGUUUAAAUUUGGGAUGCGGGGGAGCGAAGCCGGAUGCUUUACUUGGCCAAGAGGCCUUGCAAUCGGCCCGGACAACACCAUCGUCGUUGCCGACAGCUCCAAUCAUCGUGUUCAAGUAUUUAACAGUAACGGUAACUUCCUGAAGGAAUUUGGAACAUAUGGAAGUGGCGAAGGUGAAUUCGACUGCCUCGCAGGUGUAGCCGUUAACAGAAUCGGCCAAUAUAUCAUCGCUGACCGUUAUAAUCAUAGGAUUCAGGUGCUCGAUCCUUCCGGCCGUUUCCUGAGGGCUUUUGGCUCUCAAGGUACCGCCGACGGACGAUUCAAUUAUCCUUGGGGUAUUACCACGGACGCUCUUGGAUUUAUUUAUGUGUGCGAUAAGGAGAAUCAUCGGGUACAGGUAUUCCAAUCGGACGGUACAUUCGUCGGAAAAUUCGGAUCUUGCGGUAGUGGACGUGGUCAGUUAGAACAUCCACAUUACAUAGCAGUUAGCAACACUAAUCGCGUUAUAGUCAGCGAUGGAAAUAAUCAUCGGAUCCAGAUAUUCGACGUGAACGGUCGUGUAUUGAGUUCCUUUGGAUCCGAAGGCUCGGACGAAGGUCAGUUUAAGUUUCCAAGAGGGGUAGCUGUUGACGAACAAGGCUAUAUAGUUGUUGCCGAUUCCGGAAACAAUCGAAUACAAAUCUUCAGUCCAGAAGGUAACUUUCUUAAGUCUUUCGGUGGCUGGGGAAGCGGAGAUGGCGAAUUCAAAGGUCUCGAGGGUGUUGCCGUUACAUCAAACGGUAAUAUCGUUAUAUGCGAUCGGGAAAAUCAUCGUGUUCAAGUAUUCUGAAAUUAAUUCUAAUCCUCUAAUUCACAUCGAAUGUCAAAUUAAAAUGUCUUCGCUGUAAACGUGUAACCGUGUUCGAUUUUAUAACUAACGUUCUCCUAACGCGAUGCAUUUUUACGAUGCCAGAGAACAAUGCUAAGAACGUCGAAUGAAAUAUAAUAUUUGCAUUUUUGAUCGAUUCGAAUUUAUAAAUACCUACUUAGGUACUAUUUGCUACGAGCCAGGAUAAUAAUUAUUUAUCAACGUAAAACUCUCAAUUUAUUACGAUCGUACAAGAACGUUUAAAAGCUUCGUUGUAAUCUUCCAAGUAAUUUUAAGAUUAAGCUCAUCUUUUUUUUUCUUUUUUUCUCUCUGUCUCUCUCUCUUUCUUUCUUUCUCUCUCUCUCUCUCUCUCUCUCUCUCUUCCUCUAUUUUUCUUUUAAGAACUUGCGAAAAUGUUACCUUUUUGUCUUGACACUCGGUAAUUGUUAUACGAAGUAACAUGCAUUAACGAAUACAUACGUAUCUUUAACACGGUAAUAUUUAAUGAGAAACAAUUUAUAGCAACGGAUAAAUGAUUUACUUUGAAGAAAGAUAUAAAUUUAAUAAUUAAAAAAUAAAAUGAUAUAUCGAUUGUCCAAAAAUCAAACAUCCGUUUCUCUAUUAUUUUUUCUUUAUCUCUAAUCUAUUUCGUUCGUCAUUCGCUCUUAUCAAUCUUCUCUAUUCUCGAUCUUUUCUUACCUAUCAUUCAUCUUCGCCAUCUAACUCUCGACAAAAAAAAAUAAUUUGUUCGAACGAUUCUUAAAUUUGUACACUGAAACGAGGAGUUUGUAUCGUUUGUAUAUGCUUGAAAUAAAUCGUUGCGGAAGUAAUGCCUAAAAUUUCGUUCACUUCAUUUUAAUUAACAACGCUUAAAAUUCAAACUCGAUAAUAGAUAAUCGACCUAUAUAUGAUAUAAAAAUUCUUCUUUUAUUACAUACCUUUCGUUUUAAUAUUUUCGUUCUUCCAUCGAAUAAGAAUAGUUUCUCCUAAUAAAUAUCUAAUAAUUGGUGAAAUGUGAGCGAAAGGGGUAAGUCAAAAGGUGAGUGAGUCAAUAAAUAUAUAAUUUAUUAAAUGCAAUGUUGAAAUGGUGUAACAAUAGAGGGGCAGGCGAACGGUGAUCGCACGAUCUCCAUCUAGAGCGGACAAGAGGUAAUUUCGCCGCCCCCGCCUGACACCCCCGGAUCGGAAAUAUAGAUAAAAUAUUUUCGUUAUUUAUUUACAAGUAUUAGUUGAACGUUAGUCGAUAAAUAAUAAACAGUGGGCGUAAUCCAUUAUUUAAUAUAAUUUAAUAAUGUAAUAUAUUACGUUUGCGAUAAUAAAAAUAUUACAAGAGAUGGAGGCUUCUUUACCAUUAUUCGUUUUCCACUAAAAGUAAAUGUGUACGUGUAAUUGCGCCGUCCCCGUUUCAAAAUUCAUUCCUCGACAAUUCUCGAACGUCUCUUGCUAAAUUUUUACGAGAGCGUAUUUUCUUUAUAUACGCUUGAUACACGUAUAAAUGUUAUAUCAUAUUUAGGUAUAUACCUCUUUAUUUCUCAUGUAACACAUUUACAUAUAACGCGUGUCUACAAUGUUUCCUUUAAUCUCUCUCUCUCUCUCUCUCUCUCUCUCUCUCUCUCUCUCUCUCUCUCUCUCUCUCUCUCUCUCUCUCUCUUUGAAAUGUUGCACUCUCGACGGAAUUCAAUUACGGAGCGAACGACGUUCGAUGGGAACCGUCAGGAAAUUUUGAAACGCCGACUAGAGAGACAUGUCGAAACAGCUGUCGAAACCAUCAACAUUCCGGGAGUAUCGCGAAACUUCGCGACGAUCGACGGGAUAUGCAACAAAUUAUACGAUGUGUGUGUAUGUGUGUUUAUAUGUACGUAUGUAUGUAUGUAAUUGAAUGUCUGUUGAUGUAUAUGUGAGGGCGUAUGUGUGAUCAUAAAUUCGUGUAACUUUCGUCGAUAAGAUAAUAGAAAAAUCCUAAAGUGUCUGUCUGUUGGUUUUUUUUUUCUAUGUAUGUGCUGUGCUCUGUGUACGUAUGUGUGUGUAUAUGAACGGAGAACAGUUUACAAGCGAGGGUGAAAUCCACCAUCUUUUUAUUCUCUUCCCUUCUCUCUCUCUCUCUCUCUCUCUCUCUCUCUCUCUCUCUCUCGUUCUCUGUCUUUCUCUCUCUCACACACAUACACAAACACACACACACAUAUUUUUUGAUUCACCCUCUAUCUUCACACCCUUGCUCGCUCGUUCACCGUCGAAUUAUCACAACGAAAGUACGCAACAUGCUUGGACGUUAUUUUAUGUCGAGGAGAGUACACAACGCGUGAUAUACCUCGGUACGACUAGAAAUAGGUAUUAUUAUGUAACACGAACCAGGCAGGCAGCAAGCAGGUACGAAGUGACCAUGUCUUAAUCAAGGAACAGUGUAUAGAAAAUGAGCUAGGCACCGAUCCGAUCGUUUCGACCUUUUCGACAUUGUGAUACGUACAUUUCACAGAGAUAGUCUCGCGUCUUUCGAUCUCCGCGAAACGCGAAACGUAAACAAAUUGUUUUGAUGUCUCCUCGUUUCUCUAUCUCUUUGUGAGCAUAUGUUUACAUGUGUGUGUGUGUGUGUAU